UCCUAUAACACAGUACGAUUUGAGGUCGGCUACUCUCACAAUGUAGACUAGACAUUUAUCUACCCGUUGUAAGUGCUCAACCAUCUUCCAUUAAUGACACUUGAGAUAUUAGUGUGGCUCUUGUAUAUAAGCUGGUCGAACCAUAAGCACAAAUAUUGUCUACGUCCUUCAUAUUCUAUGCAAAAUGUCCCUCCAAGUUCCUCAGCAAUCAACCUUCUUCUACCGAGGGAAAUGGUGUCGUGAAAUGGAUACCCUUCUCCUCUCGACGUUGAUCAAUUUGAGGAAUGGUCGGGAUUGGGAGGAUGGUAACGUGCCAAAUGAAGUGAUCUGCAAUGUCCGGGGAGUUAUAAAUUCUCCCUUUGGAUCUGAUCUAUCGUCCGAAGAAAUAUCGGUUCGAGUGAAAGUGCUGAAGGCUCGGUACACCAAAUUUAAAAAAUUGAUCCCCACGACCGUAGUUGUGGGGCAUAUGGAGGACAAGGUGGUGACUGCCGACGACUCCGUUUGGAAGGAUAUUUUCAAGUUGGAUUCUACCGCCGGCGCAUAUUAUUAUCGUGACGAGCCGGAGAUCCCUCUUCUUGCCUCAUUAUUUGGGUUAUCUGACGUCAAAAUAGAGUUCCCUAAUGAGGUGAUAACCCUAUCAGACACCACUGAGGUUAUCGUGCUCAGUGAUUCAGUGGUACCCGACGCACCAAGACGGGGGAACCAAUAUGAUUCACCACCCGAUUCUGAUGAAGUAACCUCACCGAUGCCGGCCGCAUCUGGUCAUGUGCGGCGUAAGCUUUUUGAUGGUGGUCUUCCAUGCUUCGAUGUGGUCUCCUCUACCAGGUCUCCUACCCAUUUUAAACCAGUGCAGAUGGGUAUGUUCUCUUCCCCUAAAGGGUCAUCGUGUGCAUCAUGGAGUCCAUGCCCGAAAGCCCGUAAGACAGGCCCGUCGAUCGACGGAUAAUGUUGCAUUCCAAGAGAAGCUACGUUAUCAGUAGGGGCAUGCCAAUGGUCUUUGUGUUAUCAUUGCUUUAGCUCUAUUUUGCAAGGAAGUUAUUGUAACUCUUUUAUUUCUAUUGUUAUGGGUAGGGGCCAUCGAAGUAGUAUUUUGGUGUCGUUGAUGUAUGUUUGCUGUUCGGAAGUAUGUACUGUUUUGCUUGGGAUGUAGGAUUAAUUAAUAUUAUUUAGUUUGUGUUAUGUUUA